AUGUCUAUAAAGGCUCUCCCUGCCGACGCGACUCGGCUGUUAGAUGCCUCAUCCCUCAUUGUCGAUCCCGUCGGCCUUGUCAAGGAGCUUGUCGACAAUGCCAUUGACGCCCAUGCUACCUCGAUUGAGGUGCUCAUAGCCCCCAAUACUAUUGACAAGAUCGAGGUCCGUGACGAUGGCCACGGCAUACUCCGUGCAGAUUAUGACUUCUUGGGCCGUCCCGGCCAUACAAGCAAGCUCACAUGCUUGGAGGAUCUUCGAACCAGAACCUCUGAUGAUGCCUCGCUUGGCUUCCGUGGCCAGGGACUUGCCGCUGCCACCGCCCUCGGCUACGUUGCGAUCACAACGCGCACGCGCACUGAUACCGUUGCUGCCACAUUUCGCCUUACAUCUGUCUCGGCUUCGAGACAUAGCGGCGGUAUCGUUGCGGAAAGUCUGAAACCCUCUCCGGCUCCCGUCGGCACGUCCGUCACGGUCACCUGCCUCUUUUCUUCGUUUCCUGUUCGCCGAUGUAUGGCCAUGAAAGACUCUGCCCGGACCCUCGCUGCGAUAAAGGAACUACUCUAUGGCUAUGCCUUCGCCCGACCGCAGCUAAGGCUGACGUUUAAAGUCUUUCAGAAGCCACAAAUGGCAUGGAAAUACUUCCACCGUCCGACACAACAAGUGAUACCAGCGGAAGCGGAUAGGUGCGGCGUGGAGAUGCGGGAGGCUACCCGAGUUCUCUUUGGUAACGAAGUAGCGCGACAGUGCCAAGAUGUGGUUGUCUCCGCUGCCGAUCUCUACGCCCUGUCGGCUGGUGGCGGCCAGCUCACCCUGGCACAAUCCCUACCGGGUGACGACACUAUUUGUGGACUUGUCUUUCAAGCCUUCCUGCCUCGGCCGGGAGUUGAUCUCUCCAAAUUGGCUCUGGGUGGCUUCGUCUCGGUUGACGGCCGUCCGCUUUCUGCUCGUCAUCGUGGAGGCAUUGUCUGCAGGUUGCUUGCCUUGUACCGGAGACACCUAGCCAGAUCUACAUUGUCUGUGUCGCAUCAGCAAAUGCACAUCAACAACGCGUUCAUACGGCUCAACAUAAAAUGCCCGGCAGGCAGUUACGAUUCCAAUGUCGAAUCGUCAAAGACAGACGUGCUGUUUGUCAACGAGCAGCUUUUGUGCGAUGCAUUCGAGCGGCUUUGCAUACGACUGUACGGAGCAAUUGAGCCGUACAAGAGCCAACCACAAUCGUCUGUUAGUCGCCAUGCAACAGCUGGUACGGGACAUGUCUCAGGUAGUCAGUCCAUCUUACGCCAGUCAUCUAUUAUUGGCAUGUCCUCGCGGCCGGCCGUCACCCCAUACAGCGGCCCAAUCAUGUCACUUGACGAGCAGCAUAGUGCAUCGGGAGGGCUUGUAGGGCGACGGACUCGACUGGGUGUGGUCAGCAGCAGUCCACGCAACGAGGGACAGCAGACGGCAUCUGCCGGUGUAUUGCAGAGGGGGGGGCGGAGACACCAGCUUGAUGCCCAACCGCACGCGCACUUGACGCCCCCCAACCCCGGACGAGGAGGCUGCAAGCGUGGGUUGCAAACACCACCACCAUCUAGCCCACUGCGACGUCGUCAAGGCGGGAGGCGUGGCAAACGCAGGGCAGAGAGCCCAGAUCACGCAGACCUCCCUGGCCUGGUGAGCAAUGAUGCAUAUCGGCAGACAACAAUAUCCUUUGGGAAACCGGCCGGGACGAUACACGACCGACGGGCGACCGUUGAAAGCAGUGCGUCAUCUCAAGAGUCAAUUUCUGCAGUGGCUGAACUUGCCACGCGGCCACAAGGAAAUAUGGCCGCCCCUGAACUCCAGACCAUUCAAGAUGCUACGCUUGCUGAAAAGAGGAUGGGUGCUCCCGUACAAGAAUCAAGUUAUGCAGCAUGCUGGGAUGAAGCAGGCUUACACACUACGGGGGGCAGAGACAACGGCCAACGAUCAAGGCGGCUGGUUGCGACCAGGAAACCGGUCUACGUCCUCGAGACCGACCUAGCCAAGCUGAGGAAGAGCUUUGCGAGGUAUUCAUCUGAGGGAGACAGGGAUGGAGAAUUUACCUGCCUGUCGCCAGAAAUGAUGGACAUCUCUGCGGUUAAGCGCCGUUUGAGACGAGCCUUGGCCAGCUGGCUGGCAAAACCAAGGGCCAAUCAGAAAGGCGGGACAGCCGUGGAGAUUGAAUUUUACUUGAGAAGGGGUCUGAAGGGGGUAGCAAACAAAUAG